AGCCCUCUGAUUCGUUUUCCCUCAUUGUGACUCAGCUGCUUUAUUAGAGCAAACAGAGCAUCAUUUUGCUGUAAGGAUUAUUGUGUUUUUGACCAGGAGGCUUCUCCUUACUUUUUGGAUAUGUAAACCAUCAUCAUGAAAAGGACUGAAUAAUUGGGUAGCUGUUGUUUUGUUGUUAAAUAAUUAGCUUUGUUUUAACGUAAUUACUGAGUGGCUGUUUUGUUGACUUACAAAUUUACAGACAAACUGGCUCUUUUCUUUAAUGAUUUUCUAGCUGUUUUUUCACUAACUGCCUAGUUUGCUGGCUGAGAAACAGUUUUGUUCACUGACUAACUAACUGGCUAUGGUGUUUAUUGUCUGGUUGACUGGCUGACAAACAAACUUUAUUUUACAUAACAUACGUUAUUUUAUUAACUAAACACAGGCUGACUGCUUAUGUUAUUUACUGACUGGCUGAUUGAGCUACUUGCUGUUUUAUUCCCUGACUAGCUGUCUUGGUCAUAUGCAGGCUUACUAUUUUGCUGACUGGCUGGGAGUGGCAUCAUCAUUGCCCCCCCCCCAGCCAGGCUUUGUGAUUGUUUGAAUUUGGAGGUGUGAUGAAGAAGAAAAAAGACUCCACAUAAAAAAAAACCUCAAAGAAGAAAGAACUAGAAACAAGAAGCAGCAGAGAGAAAAGAGGAGGAAAGAAAUUUACAACAGAAAAUUGGAUUAGGGAGCAAAAGGAGGGGAGAUUGUCGGAAGGAAGGGUGACGAGAAGAGGCGUGGCAGCAGAGAGAGAAAAAGAUAGAGCGGGGAGAGAGUGAGAGAGAAGGGCAGGAGAGUGGAUGCGACCCACACCCUGAAAUGCUGUGCUGGCUGAGAGAAGACGAGAUGUCAGUCCAGGAGCUGCUACAGAGGGUGCAGUGUGUCAUCACUCAUGUCGAUGAGAUUAUGCAGCAGGAGAUCAGGCCCCUGCUGUCUGUGGACAUCAUAGAGCAGCUUCAUCGCCAGUUUGCCUUGCUCUCAGGAGGGCGGGGCAAUGAUGGCGCCCCCAUCAUCAUCUUCCCAGAGUACUCAGGCUUUAGCGAAGUGCCUGAGGAAGACUUCCUCAAUGUCGUUACUUACUUGACCAGCAUACCCAGCCUGGAUGCUGCCAGUAUUGGCUUCAUUAUCAUAAUUGACCGGCGGAAGGACAAAUGGAGCUCAGUGAAAGCCUCUCUAUCCAGGAUCGCUGGAGCUUUUCCAGGAAACCUGCAGCUGGUGUUGGUGCUGAGGCCGUCCAGGUUCUUCCAGAGGGCUAUAGCAGACAUUGGGAUCAAGCUGCACAAGGAUGACUUUAAAAUGAAGGUACCGAUUGUGAUGCUGAACUCUCUGUCGGACCUGCAUGGCUAUGUAGAUAAAAGCCAGUUAACCCGGGAGCUAGGAGGAAGCCUGGAGUACUGUCACAGUCAGUGGAUACACCACCGAACUGCUGUAGAGAACUUUGCCAUGACAGUGAAAACCACAGCACAGAUGUUACAGAAGUUUGGGACAGACCUGGCAGAGACGGAGCUGCCCAAUGACGUCCAGUGCACCAAAGACCUGCUCACAGCACACACUGACAAACACAACAACCUCAAGGAUGAACUGAAGCUAGCUUUGAAGCAGGGCACCACCUUGUUAGAUUGUAUCAGGGAGCAGGCAGCCAAGUCAGAGAACCACAAACUCAACCCAGACGAGAUGGAGAACCAAACAACUGUGGAAAGGCUCCUAGCCCAGCUGGAUGAGACAGAGAACGCCUUUGAACAGUUUUGGUGUAAACACCAUCUGAAACUGGAGCAGUGUCUGCAGCUACGCCACUUUGAACAGGACUUCAGAGAGGUGAAAGUGUCUCUAGACAGUUUGAUGGACAGUCUAACCAGCCUAUCAGAUACCGGGGAUUGUGUGGCCAGAGUUGAAUACCUGCUAAAGGACCUGAAAAAACUAGAGGAGAAGGCUCUGCCCACGCUAGAAAAAGCCCAGCUCCAUGCACUGCACGGUGACCAGCUGAUCCAGAGUAACCACUACGCUGUGGACUCCAUUCGACCCAAAAAUGUGGAGCUCCGGCGGGUCUGUGAUGACUUCAGCAACGAAUCAAAAAAAAAGACGGAUGUCUUGUCCAAAUCACUGCAGAUACACAUGGGCAUUGAUAAGGUAACCCAGUGGUGUGAGUCUGGCAUCUACCUGCUGGCCUUCCAGGCUGUGGAUAAGUGUCAGUCACAGGAAGGGGCAGAGUCAGCACUGAUUGACAUCGAACACUUUCUGGAGUCUGCAGAAAAGAACCAACUGACUGAAUUGAGGAACCUCCACAACCUGUAUGAGGUUGUCCUGUCCGAGGAUAUCAAGGCCAAUGUCCUGAAGGCACUGAAGCGCCUGGAGGACGUCCAGGAGAUGUUUCAGAAGCGACACAUCAGUCUGAAGAGGCUGUCAGCUAAACAGACGAGGCCCGUCCAGCCCGUUGCCCCGCGGCCUGAGUCCUCUCCCAAACGUCCUUUACUGAAGAACCCACCGAGGACGACUGGGAGCCAGCAGGCUCUGGCUCGCAGAGCUUCUGAUAAUUCUAACAGUGGCAAGCAGCCAGCAGAAGCUGAUCCCAGCAAGAAGAAGAACAUACGCAAGGCCAAAGGAGGCAUCAAGAUUGAGGUGAUGCAUGAGAAAAGCCAAGGAGGCUCCACCCAUGUUGUUGUGACCAAUGAGACAGAGGAGAGUCUGUUCAACAGACGCAGACACAUCAUGACUGAGCUAAUUGAAACAGAGAGGCUAUAUGUGGAGGAACUACAAAGCAUCAUGGAGGGUUAUUUUGCAGAGCUGGAUAACUCAGAGCUCAGCCACCUCAUCCCCCCGUCCGUUGGGAACAGAAGGGAUGUGCUGUUUGGCAACCUGCCAGAGAUAUAUGAAUUUCACAACAGGACAUUUCUGAGAGAGCUGGAGAAUUGUGCAGAGAAACCAGAGCUGGUGGGAACCUGUUUUCUGAAAAGGAAAGAAGAGCUUCAGGUGUAUGAGAAGUACUGUCAGAAUAAACCCCGCUCUGAAGUCCUCUGGAGACAGUGUGGAGACAGCCUCUUUUUUCAGGAAUGCCAGAAGAAACUGGACCACAAACUGUCUCUGGAUGCCUACCUGCUAAAGCCUGUCCAGAGGAUCACCAAAUACCAACUCAUGCUCAAGGAGAUGUUAAAAUGCAGUAAGGGGGAGGGGACGGCUGAGUUGGAGGAGGCUUUAACCACCAUGCUGGACAUCAUCAAGUCUGUCAACGACUCCAUGCACCAGAUAGCCAUUACAGGCUUUGAGGGAAACUUGAGUGAACUCGGGAAGCUGCUGAUGCAGGGAUCCUUUAAUGUGUGGACUGACCACAAGAAAGGCCACAGCAAGGUGAAGGACUUGGCCAGGUUUAAGCCCAUGCAGAGACACCUGUUCCUGUAUGACAAGAUGAUGCUGUUUUGUAAGAAACGAGAGGAGACAACAGAUGGACACGAGAAGACCCCCUCCUACAGCUUCAAACACUCUCUCAAGAUGAGUGCUGUGGGGAUAACAGAGAACGUCAAAGGGGACAUCAAAAAGUUUGAGGUGUGGUACAAUGGCAGAGAGGAGGUUUACAUCAUCCAGGCUCCUUCCAUGGAUGUGAAAAAUAUGUGGGUGUCAGAGAUUCGUAAAGUUCUUACAGGCCAGCUAGAGGCAUGCAGAGAAGCCAGCCAGCUCAACAUAUAUGGGGUCCCCAUGAGGAAUGUGCGUAAGAUGGCGCUGAGACAAUCCGAUUCAUCGAGUCCAGAGUCAUGCUUCAGGAGAACCAACCCUAGCCCUAAUAUGAGGCAGAAGAGAGUUGAGGCUUCUGCCAGUCUAUCAGGCCACUCGGCUGCUUAUGCUAGGAAACGCUUCACCUUGGAGGGACUUUCCAACAGGAGGUCGCUUCCAGCAGAGCCUGCCGUUAAGGAGGCAGUGGUCCCCCGUCGCUUCUCUCUCGCCUCCUCUUCCUCCUUCGCCACACGACGCACAAAAGGUACCCUGUCUGCUAAUGUAAAGAGCAAGAGACAUGAGAUAAAGAGUGAUCCCACUCCAUUUGGUUAUGAAGAUACUUUGCAUGGUGCUUUGGCUGCAGUCAGGAAACGUCAGAGCAUGACUAGCAGCACUGCAACUGCUGCUGGUGGCACCUCAGCUGUCCCUAGAUCCACCUCCCAACCAGGCUGGGCCCAGCAGCGACUCCCUUCCAUGGAUACAGACGACUUUGAGCCGAUCCCCUCCAGUGCGGAGGAAUCCUCCAACUCUUCGGAAGAGGAAGGCAACAAUAAAAAUGAUGACAGUGGUCGUUUCCGGGUGCAGCUUACCUAUGAGUCCCGUGAAGCGCGAGACCUCUCUGAGACGGGUGACCUGGUCCAGUUUCUGAAGGAAGCACAGAGCGGACAAUGGUGAGUUCCAGUUGGCUCCACCGUAGAACAUAUCUUCAGCGAUCUGUGUACAGCAACGCUCUCUGAAUCGGGCGGAAAUGAAGCAAGUACGUGAGGAGAUAUGUCUCAAGACUUGGACUACACCAUGUUUCUUGGAUCACGACCAUGGUUCCUCAGCUGUAAUUUCCUAAACUGGACUUUAAAUAUCAACAGCUAUUGGUUUUCUACUUGUAGGUCUUCAUUUUGGACUACAUAUAUGGCCUGCUGUUGUUUUUUAGCUGUAGUUUCUCAUGUUUGACACAUUGAAGCUUCUUUAGUGAAGCCUCUGGAAAAAGAUGGAAUGCCUGAAUGGAACAGUGGGAAAGCCAUAAAGGACGUUUUAUUUAAGGAAGUACCAGCUGUCAUCUAUAGAGAACUGAAGAUUGUGUGGAUGUGGACACUGAAGUUUACAUCUAAAAUUGGAUGUAAACAAUUGAAAAAAUGCAAUUCCUGAGUGGUUGGGCUGAAUGCCUCAAAACUCAAAUCUUAUUUCUGACUUGGAUAACCUUAAGUAAUGUAUCAUCAUCAUCAAUCAUUUUCCUUGUUUUGCUGCUACAGUGUGCUGAAGAAAAACUCUUGCAGACAAGGUUCUGCCUCUGCUGCAGCCACCUGAACCUUCCCAGAAGAACUUACUUGCCUUUCUUCACACAGGUAGCGGAGAGCCCCCACAUAAUAUUAUUACACCACAUCAGACCCAACGUGUCCCACCCUGUAGACUUAAAAAUCACCUGUAUAAAUUGUGAGGUUCAGUAAGUCUCCCGGCAAUCUAAACCUAAAUCAGCAUAACUAAAAGGCACCAGCCUUUAGUUAUGCUGAUUUAGGCAAACCUGAGCCAGCCCUAAAUAUAAGCUUGUCAAAGAGAUAAGUUUUAAGCUUACUCUAAAACAUGGAGACCGUGUCUGCCUCCCGAGCUGUUUCCACAGGAGAUGAGCCUGGUAGCU